AUGGAUGCAUUUUGGACAAAUUUACCACCAAUAACAAAAGGUUGGUGUAUAUCAACAUUAACAAUAUCAACAUUAAUUACAUUAAAGAAAUUAAAAUUCAUAAAUUUAUUAUUUAUCCCCGAAAAGAUUUUCAAUCAACAACAAACUUGGAGAAUUAUAACUACUUUUAUAACAUUUAAUGAAUUAAGUUUUGAUUUGAUUAUUGUUUUAUGGGAAAUUAGUCAUGUUUGUUCACAAUUAGAAAAUUCAUACUCGUUAACAAAAUCAUUGUUACCUUACACAAUAGUUUCUAGUUUUGAUCAACGACAAUGGGAUUUAUUAAAUCUGUUUAUUGAUAGAAACAAGAGUAUUGAUUUUUUAUAUUUCUUGAUACAAAUAUGUAUAUCCAUAAUUGCAUUAGCUACAUAUUUAUAUUUUAAAUUUGAAAUAACUAUAAUAAAUUUAGGAUCAAUAUUAUUACAAAGUUUAACUUAUUAUGAUUCCAAAAUAACUCCAAAUAGACAAAUUAAUUUUUUUGGUGUAUUAAUUAUAAAUAAUUUAUAUUAUCCUUAUUUUAUUGCUUUUUUAAAUUUAUUAACUCAAGAAAUUUCAAAAUUUGAAGAAAUUACAAAUAAUAAUAAUCAACAAAAUCAAGGAAUAAUUAGUAAAGUAAAAUCUUUUUUCAACAAACCUUCAUUUUGGAUGUACUUAAUUAGUUUUGGAUUAGGUCAUUUUUGGUGGUGUUCUAAAGAAUUAAUACUAAAAGAUUUACAUUAUGAUAAUAAUUUUAAUUUACAAAGUUUAAAAAUUAGAUCAAAUACUUUAAAACAAUAUCGGGUAUGGAAAUUUGAUUUUGUUAGAGAGUUAUUAGUAAUGAUAUUAUUACCUCCUUGGUAUUGGAUAAUUAUUUCUAAAAUUAAAAAUAAUCAACAAAGAAAUCAAAUACAACAUCCUUUAUAG